AUGAAGAAGAUGAAACACGAUAGCAUUGUUUGUGAACCUAAAGAAGUAUUGAAUCUCUCUCCCAAAGUAACAAAUUGUUGCAAAUCACUGUGGGUGAAACACAGUUUUCCGAAGGCAUACAUGACCCAACUUGUCAGCUCCCAGCCUGUUUCAGCCAUGUCAAGGAUCCCAGGUCACAAUUCACCUUCUCAACCCAAGGAGAAUAACAUUGGCCAGAGCCAUCACCAGGAGGAAAUAAUCUACAAGUUGGCCAUGAAGCUGAAACACAUUGGGGACAGCAUCAAUCAUAGGAUGGUUCAACAGGAUCUUCUACAGGAAGGCAGAGAUGCCCUGGCUCAUUUCAUCUUAUUUUUCUUCAGAAGAGUUCAUGUGUUGUUCUACUUUCUCUGGAAUAAUCAUUGGCUGUAA